ACCGCUUUAAGACUUUUGAAGAAUCAUGUCUGGUCCUACAAAGCGGGGUGGCAAGGCUCGUGCCAAGGUCAAGUCUCGCUCUUCCAGGGCAGGUUUGCAGUUUCCUGUGGGUCGUGUGCACCGGCUUCUCCGCCAAGGGAACUACGCACAACGAAUUGGGGCUGGUGCACCAGUGUAUCUGGCGGCAGUGCUAGAAUACUUGACAGCUGAGGUCCUGGAGCUGGCGGGCAACGCAGCCCGGGACAACAAGAAGACGCGCAUUACUCCUCGCCACCUGCAGCUGGCCAUCCGCAACGACGAGGAGCUCAACAAGUUGCUUGGCCGCGUGACCAUCGCGCAGGGUGGCGUCCUGCCCAACAUCCAGGCCGUGCUGCUGCCCAAGAAGACCGAGAGCCACAAGUCCCAGACCAAGUGACUCCUGCACAAGACAGCAACCAUCAGUUUAAAACAAAAAGGCUCUUUUCAGAGCCACCUUCA